AUGCCGAAAGACACGCGCACACCUUCCUCCCGUCAAUCUCAGCUGACGUCCUUUCUGGACCCACUGGUCGUGGUAUACCUGAAGCGGAGGGUCGUAAUCCGACGCGACGCGGAUUAUCAGUCUACGCUUUCUACCAUCAAGCGCUCUUUGCGGGCACUAGCGCAUGUACCCGCCUCAGAUAUCAUCAUCAAGUCCAACACCAUACCCCAUCAAGAAGGCGAGUAUGUAGACAUCUCGGAAGACGCGUGGCCAGAUCUUGUCGCUCGGUCAUACCUCAGAACCGUGACAGUGGAACUCGAAGAGCCCAUUGGGCACCCAGUUGUCCGUCCACCUCCGUUCCCAUUACCGGCGCCGAUUCCUCGCUCCCUUCCUGGAACAACAAACAACACUCACAAGCCGAGCCUUCGUCUGGAAUUCACAGAUUAUGCUCAGACUAUACAUGUUAACAUGAAAUACAACAUGAGGAUUGCAUCAGCCCUACCGCUUGUGGCGGAGCGACUAGGGAAAUGCCGGGACUCAAUCCGUAUGACGUAUGAAGGAUCACGCAUACACGACGACGAAACAGCGUCGAUGCUCAACAUGGAAGACGGAGACGUUGUUUACGUGAGCAUCGAACAAGUAGGUGGGAAACCUGUCAUAUAUCUUUCACCUCCGAGCUCCGGACCGGCCAUCGACGCGACUGUCGAACUCGAACUCUCUGCGCCUUGGUCCCUUUCAGCACUAUAUCCCGUCCGACCUGGUUCCAUCCGUACCGAUUCUUCGUACGGCCAGAAGACAUCAUGGACUGUACGCGCAGACCCUUAUGGUGUCCUCUAUGAUAAGGCGACCGAGACCGAAGUCUCGUAUCUCUAUUGGGAGGCUAUCACUAACCCACCCCGGCCCCUCACUCCGCCUGCCUCUCCUCGGUCCAGUCCGGCCUUGGUGGAGUUCGAUCCCUCGCGCGCGAAGCUAUCUUCAAUGGAUUCGGUCCUUCUACCCGUGGACAAAGUACCUACGUACCUUGACAAGGCUCUCGCAGCACUCGCUUUGCAUACAGAAGCGCGUACAUCUUUCAUCACAUACUGGCUUCCAUCCAUUCUCAAGCACGAGCGCGUCGCGCUCCGCUUUGUACCGCAGGCCGAGUACGAGCAAGCCGCUCGUCUCACCGUUAUUCCCUCGCCAGACGUCGUGACCCGCGUCUUCAUGGUCUUCCGCGGCGUGAGCGAGCGUGAAAUGACCGAAUGGGAGCCUGCGGUUGAGCGCGCCGGCGAGGAUGUUGCGUUCUGGAAGGAUGUCGUUGGGAUUGAUGCGAGUGCGGCACAAGAUGCGUCGCUCUUCCGCGUACUUGAGUGGGGUGGCAUGGAGGUCCUUUUUUGA